UCUGGUGCCGAUUUAGCGUAGUUAGAGGUCAGAGAAGUGCUGUGCCAGUAUUAAGCAUUAGCCUUUGGAGAUGCGAUGGCCAUUGUCUGCCUUUGCUAGAUAGCGCUGGCUGGGUCGCAUUCGUCCCGUUUGGUUGUUGCUAGCUCGGUGAAGCCACACUUCUGCUGUGGCAGCUAGCUUUAUCAGGUAGCCAAAACCAGCCGAAGUGCCUUGGAUUUUGAAAUAGUUGCAUUUGAGCCAAGAUAGCAGUCGAUUCGUCAUGGGCGCUGGCUCUGUAGACUAGCUCGGGAUAUUCUAGAAACAUGUUGUCAUGGCCAGCUAACUUAUCUGUGUUGAUUGUUCAGAGAUUUCUAGCAAUGACAGGUCAGCAAAUCCCUCUGAAGUGACGUCGUUCUAUUUGUUCUCCGUUUUUAAAUUUAAAAGGUAGCUAGCUACGGUUGCUCGUGCUGUCAGCGACACAGUUUUAAUCACAAAAAAUAACUUGAUUGCGAACAAAAUACAAUUAACAUGGGUAGCUCUCGUUUGCACAUGCUAUUGUCAACAUAGCACUAUCUAGAUUAACGAUUGGGCGUGCUAACUAGAUAUCGGUUAUAGCUAUUGGUGAACAGUAUGUUUUUUAAAGCGAACAGUCAGUUUGUGAGAAUAGUUUACGAUGCAAAUAAAUACGGAGUUUGUUUGCCUGUAAAAUGCAUUGAUUGUAACCCUGGUGGAAAAAUCCAGCUGUUUCCAUCUUGAAAUUAUCAGUUACCAGCCGUUUCAAAAGCUAACUUUCAGCAGGGAAAUGGCUAGCUACCAUCGUUACAGUAGUUAUAUGCUAACUAGUAAGACAAACAUUUCAAAGCCAUUAACCGUUUAAGUAGCUGACGUCUUAUCCAAUGAGCCUAAGCGUAGUCAGCCCGCGUGGGACUUACCUGCAAAUACAUUAGUCACGUGCGAAACGGCCAUCUGUUUACAAGUUAUAGCACAGCUUGCAGCUUCUGGAUAAGUCCUGAAGUAAGAGAUGCUGGAGGAAUAUUGAUCGGGGAAAGAUAACUUUAUACCGGUCAAGAUAACUUAGAAAACGAGCUUGUAACUACACAGAUUUGAGCGAGAGCGUUUUGUGCUGUGGAAGUGUAACCUACGCUUUCAGGGGACACUCCUGGUCAAAGCGGGUAGGAAUGCAGUAGCAGCGGCAUCUGCCCCCUGUCCUCCAAUCUGCCCCCUGUCCUCCAAUCUGCCCCCUGUCCUCCAAUCUGCCCCCUGUCCUCCAGUCUGCCCCCUGCCUCCAGCCCUACAGCAGUAAACUCCACCACCAGCCCCAACCCCAACCCCAGCCCCAACCCCACCCUCAGCCCAGCCAGUCCCAGCCCCGAGCCAGUUCUGUUGGCCACCAGUGAGAGGCUGGGCCAUGGUGGAUGUGAGCAAAUGGCCCCUCUUCACCCUGCUGGGGCCCCAGGAGAUUGCCUCCAUCCGGCAGGCUUGCAUCUUCGGCACAUCUGCUAACGAGGCCGUCUACAUCACCCAUGACCAUGAGGUGUUCGUGUUUGGGCUGAACUGCAGUAACUGCCUGGGCACAGGGGACAACCAGAGCACCAUCGCGCCCAAGAAGCUGGACGUGCUGUGCGGGAGGAAGGUUGUGAGCCUGAGCUACGGCAGCGGGCCCCACAUCCUACUGGCGACUGAAGAGGGGGAGCUGUAUGCCUGGGGACACAAUGGCUACAGUCAGCUGGGCAACGGGUCCACCAAUCAGGGAGUGUCGCCUGUCGUCGUUUCAGCCAACCUCAUGAAUAAGAAGGUGGUGGGCGUGGCUUGCGGAUCCCACCAUUCCAUGGCACUGACGUAUGAGGGAGAGGUGUACGCCUGGGGCUAUAACAACUGCGGCCAGGUAGGCUCAGGGUCCACGGCCAACCAGCCCGCCCCGCGGAAGGUCUCCAACUGCCUGCAGAACAAGGCGGUGGUCAGCAUCGCCUGUGGGCAGACCUCCUCCAUGGCUGUGGUGGACAACGGGGAGGUCUAUGGGUGGGGCUACAAUGGUAACGGACAGCUCGGACUGGGCAACAACGGGAACCAGCUGAUCCCAUGUCGCCUGACGGCUCUCCAAGGAUUAUGUGUGCUCCAGAUUGCCUCAGGCUACGCUCACUCACUAGCACUAACAGACGAGGGCUUGCUGUACGCCUGGGGGGCUAACACCUAUGGGCAGCUGGGCACGGGCAACAAAAGCAACCAGCUCAGUCCCGUUCAGAUCAUGCCAGAGAAGGAGAGCAGGAUCGUGGAGAUCGCUGCCUGCCACUCCACCCACACGUCCGCGGCCAAGACGCAGAGCGGCCAGGUGUACAUGUGGGGCCAGUGCCGGGGGCAGUCCGUCGUGCUGCCCCACCUCACGCACUUCGCCUGCACCGACGACGUCUUCGCCUGCUUCGCCACCCCCUCCGUCAUGUGGCGGCUGCUGUCCAUGGAGCAUGAUGACUUCUUGACUGUGGCCCAGUCCUUAAAGAAAGAGUUUGACAGCCCAGAGACGUCAGACCUGAAGUUUAGCGUGGAUGGAAAGUACAUACAUGUUCACAAGGCGAUCCUGAAGAUCAGGUGUGAACACUUCAGGUCCAUGUUCCAGUCCCACUGGAACGAGGACAUGAAGGAGGUGAUCGAGAUCGACCAGUUCUCCUAUCCUGUGUACCGCUCCUUUCUGGAGUUCCUCUACACGGACAGCGUGGAUCUGCCCCCGGAGGAUGCCAUAGGUCUGCUGGAUCUGGCCACGUCGUACUGUGAGAACCGCCUGAAACGGCUCUGCCAGCACAUCAUAAAGAGAGGCAUCACCGUGGAGAACGCCUUUUCCCUGCUGUCCGCUGCUGUGCGCUACGAUGCAGAGGACCUGGAGGAGUUCUGCUUCAAGUUCUGCGUGAACCACCUGACCGAGGUGACCCAGACGACGGCGUUCUGGCAGAUCGACGGGAACAUGCUCAAAGAGUUCAUCUGCAGGGCCAGCCGCUGCGGAGCCUUCAAGAACUGAGCUCCUGAGACCGCCCCCGUGCAGACAGGGGGCGCUGUGGGCUACAGUGAGACUGCCUGGAGACCUCUGAGCAGACAGGGGGCGCUGUGGGCUACAGUGAAGACCUCCGUGCAGACAGGGGGCGCUGUGGGCUACAGUGAGACUGCCUGGAGACCUCUGAGCAGACAGGGGGCGCUGUGGGCUACAGUCAUAGUUCUCACCCAGCCUGCGAAGAGGCCAGGGCCGUGACUCCACCCCUGUACGCCCACGUCUGUGAUUCGAAAGGACAACCAAAGGCCCCAUUUCCUGCCCUAAUCGCGUUGGACGGGGCGUUCUCUGCAGAUCAGUGCGUUUGGCCUCCCCUCCCUCCUUCUCCACCCACCUAUACCCUGACAGUGUUUCUGCCGUAAACUCCUGAAGGACCGAGGCUGUGCCCUCCUCUGAUGUGCAGUGGCUUCUCAGAGCCCACAGUCUCAAGUCUCACCUGUGACUCACAAACUGCUAUGGACAGGCUGAAGGAUCCGUUUUGUUAUAGAAGCAGUGAACUUGCUGUGGCUCAGUUUUGGGAAUUGAUUUCUGGCAGUCAGUUUAGUGGUAUGAUCUUGGCUGAGGCGUAUAUAUUUUUAAAUUACCAAAUGCGUUAAAAAUAAAUAAAUGUAUAUAUUUUUCAGCAAAGAUUGCGAGCAAAUGCUUAUUCAUGGUUAAAGAAGAGACUCGGUUGUACCUAUAGGUCCAGCAGUUUCAUAUUACAAGUGUUGAUUUGCACAUGUAAGACUCAUCAAUAUAUGAGUCUCAAUCCUUACUUUAUUGCGUUUCCCACGAGCGUUCAUUGAUGUUAUUGCAUUUACGCUGUGAAUAUGAAAACCAGCCCGCAGCGCAGUGUCAACUUGUUCUGGGUCAAGAAAAUGGCAGCGCUGCACUCUCUAAAUACACUGGCAGAUCAGAUAUAAAAUGGCUGCUAGAUGUAAUUGCAGGUGUUGCCACUGGAGAGACGGAAUGGUGACUUUAGCUGUUAUGCUGAUUUUUAUUUUUUUUUUACAUAAAAUGGUGAUGGUUUCCUGCAGCACUUUUUCCAUCUUUGACCUCUACAAAAAUGGCCAAUGAAUAAAAGUUGCACUAUCCAAUUUAA